AUGUCGUGCAUUGUCACCGGAGAAGAAGGCGACGCGUGUACUGCAUGCGCCACUACUGGCUGCGCGUCCAGGUGCCUGGGCCACCUUCAUGGGGCACGUGAGGUUAGACAAACCAACCAGGUAGAAGCUUCAAAUAGUGAAACCAACACUCAUGAACAAGUGCAAGCAGUGACUGCCCUAAGAAGUGGAAGAAUAAUUGAGAAACCAACUGAUCCUAGGAUAAACCAACAUGUUGAUGAAGAAAAAGAACCAAAAGAUCAUGAAUCCACCGUGGAAAAAAAUGAGAAAAAUGAGAAAAAUGAAAAAAAUGAAAAACAAAAAGAAGAUGAGAAAGAAAUUCAAUACAGGCCCAAACCACCUUUUCCACAAAGGUUGAAUCAUUUGAAAAAAGAGCAACAAAAUGCAGAUAUAUAUGAAGUGUUUAAGCAAGUGAGAAUCAACAUCCCGCUGUUGGAUGCAAUCAAACAAACACCUUCAUAUGCAAAGUUUUUGAAAGAUCUGUGCACUGUCAAAAGGAAAACAAAUGUGCAUGAAAAGGCAUUCUUGACUGAACAAGUCAGCGCCAUUCUCCAAUUGAAAACUCCUCCCAAAUACAAAGAUCCAGGCUGUCCAACCAUUACAUGCAUCAUAGGAAGUCAAAAGGUUGAUCGGGCACUCUUGGAUUUAGGAGCUAGUGUCAAUUUGUUGCCAUAUAGUGUGUAUCAACAGUUGGGAUUAGGUGAGCUUAAACCCACUAGAGUGACCCUUCAGCUGGCUGAUCGAUCAGUCAAAGUUCCACGAGGAAUUGUGGAGGAUGUUCUGGUACAAAUCGAUAAGUUCUACUUUCCAGUGGACUUCAUCGUUUUGGACACCCAGCCGCAUCAGGGGCCUCAACCUCCUGUGCCAGUCAUCUUAGGUCGACCAUUCCUUGCCACAUCAAAUGCCAUCAUCAACUGUAGGAAUGGUGUGUUAAAGUUAUCUUUUGGGAACAUGACUGUAGAAAUGAAUAUCUUUAGGGUAGCCAAACAUCAGGACACUGAGAGUGAAGUGGAGGAGGUAGACUUGAUCCAAACACUGACCAAUGACUGUUUUGAAGAGUUCAUGAGAAGACCCAAAGAAGGAAAUCAAGAUCUUGAAGAAAUAAAAGAAGUGGAAGUCAUAAGCAAAGAAAGUGAGAAGCCUACAUGGAUGCUUGGUUUAGAGCCAUUAAGAAACUUGGACAGUAAGCUCAUGGCUCCUGAUAGCCAUCAGUCCACGCCUGAGAGAAAGCCAUUGCCCAGUGAUUUGAAGUAUGUCUUUCUAGGAGAAGGGGAAGCAUUCCCAGUGGUGAUCUCUUCAAGUUUGACACCUCAGCAAGAGCAACAAUUGAUAGAAGUUCUAAAAGCACACAGGAAGUCAUUAGGAUGGACCAUUUCAGAUUUGCAAGGUAUUAGCCCUUUGAUAUGUACUCAUAAGAUAUUCUUGGAAGAAGGAGCAAAACCAGUUAGGCAAAUGCAAAGGAGAUUAAAUCCCAACAUGAAAGAAGUUGUCAGAAAAGAAGUGCUGAAGCUAUUGGAUGCUGGAAUAAUUUACCCAAUCUCUGAUUCUAAGUGGGUAAGUCCAACACAAGUAGUACCCAAAAAGUCUGGAGUCACUGUUGUAAAAAAUGAGAACAAUGAACUGAUUCCCACACGCAUCCAGACAGGAUGGCGUAUGGGGAUGGAGGUAGACAGAUCAAAAAUUGAAACAAUUCAAAAACUCCCCAUCCCUAGGAAUGUGAAAGACAUCAGAAGUUUUUUAGGACAUGCAGGGUUUUAUAGGAGAUUCAUUGCUUCCUUUAGCACCAUAACAAGACCCUUGUGCCAUUUGUUGUCUCAAGAUGUUCCGUUUGAAUGGAGUCCUGCCUGUCAAAAUGCUUUUGAUAAAUUGAAAGAUGCACUCAUUUCAGCACCUAUCAUUCAGUCCCCUGAUUGGUCCCUCCCGUUUGAACUUAUGUGCGAUGCUAGUGAUUACGCGGUAGGAGCUGUGUUAGGGCAGAGGAAGGAUAAGAAACCUCAUGUGAUAUACUAUGCUAGCAAAACUCUUAAUGAGGCACAAAAGAAUUACACCACUACAGAGAAAGAGUUACUAGCAGUUGUCUUUGCCCUGGACAAGUUCCGAUCUUACCUCGUAGGGUCAUUAGUGAUCAUUUUUACUGAUCACGCUGCUCUGAAGUAUUUGUUCACAAAGCAAGAUGCAAAACCCCGUCUGCUCCGAUGGAUCUUACUCCUGCAAGAGUUCAACAUUGAAAUCAGAGACAAGAAGGGAGUAGAAAAUGUGGUGGCUGACCAUUUGUCAAGGAUUCCAAGUCAAGAUCUCACACAAUUUGAUGAACCAAUUCAUGACAAUUUCCCUGAUGAGCAACUGUUUGAAGUGAAUGUUAUUCGUGCAUCAUCUGUUGUCCCUUGGUAUGCUGACAUUGCGAACUACCUGGCAACUGGUCUGAUCCCAGACCAUUGGAGUAAGCAAGAUAGGCAUAAAUUUUUCAGAAAAGUCAGAACCUUCUUUUGGGAUGAGCCCUACCUCUUCAAGUAUUGUCCUGACCAAAUCAUCCGUAGAUGCAUACCCGAUCAUGAGCAACAAAGUGUCAUCAAUUUCUGUCAUACUCUUGCAUGUGGAGGCCAUUUUUCUGUCAAGAAAACAGUUGCAAAAAUUUUUCAGAGUGGAUUUUAUUGGCCGACAUUGUUCAAGGAUGUGUACAAGUUCUGUUCAAAUUGUGAUCGAUGUCAAAGGUUAGGAAGUUUGUCAAGGAGAAACAUGAUGCCAUUACAUCCGAUCCAAGUGUUAGAAGUUUUUGACUGUUGGGGUAUGGAUUUUAUGGGCCCAUUUGUCAAUUCAUUUGGUCAUGAAUAUAUCUUACUUGCUGUUGACUAUGUGUCCAAAUGGGUAGAAGCAAUCCCGGCCAGAACAAAUGACCAUAGGACUGUCGUGAAAUUUUUGAAAGAAAACAUAUUCAGUCGAUUUGGGAUGCCACGAGCAAUCAUCAGUGAUGGGGGUUCCCAUUUUUGUAAUAAAGUUGUGGCAGGAUUAAUGAAGAAAUAUGGUGUACUGCAUAAGGUUGCAACACCAUACCAUCCCCAAACCAAUGGUCAAGCUGAGCUAGCCAAUAGGGAGAUUAAGCGCAUAUUGGAAAAGACUGUUGCUGCUAAUCGUAAGGAUUGGUCCUUAAGACUAGUAGACGCUCUUUGGGCAUACAGGACAGCUUACAAAACAAUUUUGGGAAUGUCUCCCUAUAGGCUAGUAUACGGUAAAUCUUGUCAUCUGCCGGUGGAAAUUGAGCAUAAAGCAUAUUGGGCAAUUCAUAAGAUCAACAAGAGUCUAACUGAAGCAGGCUUAUCCAGGAAGCUCCAAUUGAAUGAACUUGAGGAAAUUCGGAAUGAAGCAUUUGAAAAUGCACGAUUGGCCAAGGUUCGCAUGAAAGAGUUACAUGAUCGGCACAUCAUUCGAAAAAGCUUUCAGGUAGGGCAACAGGUACUCUUAUACGAUUCUCGAUUGCAUCUAUUCCCAGGAAAAUUGAAGUCUCGAUGGGUCGGCCCUUUUGUAAUCAAGUUCAUCUCAGGAUAUGGGUCAUUUGAGAUAGAAAAUCCGGAGUCAGGACAGCUUCUAACAAAUGAUUUGAAAAAGAUUUAUGCUGCUAGGUGUGAAAGACUUAGGCUGUUGAUGCAUAAUAACAUUCCUGAAGAUAUUCGUUGGCUGAUCGAAGCAAAAGUUCGAUUAGCUGGUGAAACUUCACCGAGUUUUAAGCACUUUCCAGGUUUAGGGAAGAGUAGUUUUUCGAAGAAAAGAAGAGCGAAAAGAGUGAAUGGUUGUUACAAAUGUGCUCGGUGGACCUGUAACACACGAUGCAAAUCUGUGGGGUUUACGUCCAUAAAUCGAGAAGAUAAAAUUAGUUUCAUAAAGGAUGGACUGAGUAAGGAGUCUUUGGAUGAUAUCCGAUUGACUCUUGAGACGCAUCCAUGUGGAAUAGUGCAAAGAGAACUUCUUGCUUUAUGGACCCAGUUCAGAAGUGACCACCAACGCUAUAGUCUUGGGAAUCUGACUAAAAACGACCCUGUUUGCCAAUCUAUAAGAAAAUUGGAUGGGAAGCUUAUCCCCACUUCAUAGAAAGUGUUUAAGCCGUUUCUGGACGUAAAACCAGAGGAAGAUGUGAGCCACAAUCACAACUACUUAUAUAUACGCAAGAUUUUUGUUUGUAUUUAUUUCUUGUUGAAUUGUUGUAUAGCUACUUUUGAUCUCCAAACUUCUUUUCAGGACAUACAAAAGAAACAAACAUGGAAGGGCAGUUCGUUCGUCAAAUUAAAACCAUAUGUGUACUUUGUGGCUCUCAACUUGGGAGUGAUAUUUGUUACGCACUUGCAGCGAACGAACUUGGUAAAAAAUUAGGAGAGAAAAAAAUUAAUUUGGUAUAUGGAGGGGGAAGUCGUGGAUUGAAUGGUUAUGUUUCACAAGCUGUACAUCUUGGAAAUUCAUCUGUGGUAGGUAUAAUGCCAAUCCCUUUAGCUGAACCACAUAUUUCCGGGAUUACACGCGGUCAACUUAUAGAAACGACUUCUAUGUCUGAGCGCAUGGCUUGUAAGAUUUAUCAGUCAGAUGCCUUCAUUGCUUUACCAGGAGGUUUUGGAACACUUGAAGAAAUCUUUUGUAUAAUCUCCUGGGCCAAGAGUAAUCUCCAUACCAAACCCAUUGGACUUUUAAAUGUUAACCAUUUUUUCGAUGGGUUACUCUCUUUUCUUGAUCAG